UUUCCCCGUCCCGUGAUGCUCCGCGGCGCGGCCUGCUCCUUCCGGUGUGGGGCGGCGUGGAGGGCGGUCGCCGGGGGCAGCGGCGAGGCCGGCGGCAGAAUGUUGACGUCUAGGGUAUUUAGCCUAAUUGGCAAGCGAGUAAUCUCCACUUCUGUUUGCAUGAGAGGACAUGCAGGUGUUGUGAAAACUGACGAGUAUAGCCUCCCUAGUUAUGUUGAUCGCCGAGAUUAUCCUCUGCCUGAUGUGGCCCAUGUGAGGGACCUCUCCGCUGACCAGAAGGCCUUGAAAGAGAAGGAGAAGGCAGCGUGGAGCAGUCUUUCCAAUGAUGAAAAGCUUGGAUUAUAUCGCAUCAAAUUCAAUGAGAGUUACGCUGAAAUGAAUAGAGGCACAAAUGAGUGGAAGACUGUUAUAGGGGGUGCGUUGUUCUUCAUGGGUCUCACUGCUCUCUUCAUCAUCUGGGAAAAAUUCUAUGUUUAUGGGCCUGUCCCUCAUACCUUUUCUGAAGAAUGGGUGGCCAUGCAAACCAAGAGAAUGCUGGACAUGAAGGCUAAUCCCAUCCAGGGCUUUUCUGCCAAGUGGGACUACGAAAAGAACGAGUGGAAGAAAUAAGAAGAAUCCUGGGAUCGUGACUGCUCUUUGCUUGAACUGUAACCUGUUCCAUCGUACAUGUUACCUUUCUGUGUACUUACUGGAACCUUCCAUGUAAAACAAAAACUGCUAAUAAACGACUGGUUUACUUGAAAA